AAAAGAGAGUAUCAUUUUGUUCAUUUAAUAAUUACUUUAUUAUUAUAAUUAAAUAAUUAUUAAAUUUAGGUUAGAUAAUUAAUUUUCAAUAAAUAAUCUUGGUUGUUUUAUAUUUAGUAAACAAUGUGUACACAAAUACACCAAUUGGUGUACAUUUCGUGUUUAAUCGGCGCCUGUUUUGCCGGCGAACACCUAUCGCUAAACGGCAACCAAUGGACGACUUAUUGUCAAAACAAAUCCAUCAAAUCGUCGGCUACAGUGCCGGGCACUAUAUACACAGACCUGCGGGCCAGUGGCCACUUGGCCGAGGAGUUGCUCAGCGGUUAUAACGAUGUCAAUUACCGGUGGGUCUCGUGGGACAACUGGACGUAUGAGCGCACGUUUGACGUCCCGGCGGCACUGCUUACCAAACAAGUGGUCAAUUUGGUGGCCGAAGGGGUGGACACAGUGUCCAAGAUAUACGUGAACGACCAGUUGGUCGGCGAGACAGUCAACCAAUACGUGCGGUACGUGUUUGACGUGAAGAAAGUGGUCAAAAGUGGCCAAAACACUAUACGCGUGGCCUUUGAGUCGGCGCUAACCUACUCGCGUCGACAGCACCAAUGGCAUCACGACAAGUACCACUACGAUAUGAUACCCCAGUGUUUCCCCAAAGAGUAUCGCGGCGAGUGUCACAACCAGAUGAUCCGCAAAAUGCCCGCAUCAUUCAGCUGGGAUUGGGGACCGGCAUUUCCCACACAAGGCAUAUGGAAACCCAUCGGUCUGGAGGCGUACGACCGGUCAGUGGUGCGCGACAUCACCGUCGAGACCACAACCGUGAAAGACUCGCCGACCAAAUGGCAGCUCAACACCGGUGUGUUCAUCGAGUCGGCGGCCGCCGUAACCGUCAAACUGACAGUACAUCUGGACGAUCGGGAACUUAUCGCUGGCCAGGAGUACGCGCUAACGCCGGGUGCGGACGGCACCAGCAAGGUGAAACUAAUCAUCCCGGUGGACAAUGUGGAGCAGUGGUGGCCUAACGGCGUGGGCAAAGCUACUCAGCGACUGUACGCGCUUAAAGUGAGCGCCGUUUUCCCGGACUCGCCCGGCGAACAGUCCGUUCAGACCCGACGGAUCGGCUUCCGUACGAUCGAAGUGAUACAGACGCCGGUGAAGCCAAUUGGGCUCACGUUUUACUUCCAGGUGAACGGACAGCCAUUCUACGCCAAAGGGUCCAAUUGGAUACCCGCCGACAACCUCCAGGAGCGCAUCACACGUGACUACUUGCGUGGGCUGAUGCAGUCGGCCAGGGAUGCCAACAUGAAUAUGAUGCGCGUCUGGGGCGGCGGUGUCUACGAGUCCGACUAUCUGUACGAGUUGGCCGACGAGUUCGGUAUUAUGAUUUGGCAGGACAUGAUGUUCGCCUGCAGUCUAUACCCCACGGAUCCGGCCUUCUUGGCCACCGUUGACCAGGAGGUGACCCAACAGAUGCGUCGACUACAACACCACCCGUCUAUAGCCAUAUGGGCCGGUAACAACGAGAACGAGGGUUUUGUGCGAUUGGGCAACAAGAAUGAGACGGCUAUACAUAAAGCCGAUUACAUCGAGCUCUACAUCACUCAUAUCAGGCGCCUGAUUCUGGACCACGACAUGAGCCGCACGUUCGUGGGCUCGAGUCCGUCGAAUGGCGAUGAAGAGGUUCAGGAGGAUUGGGUGUCCGGCCAUUUGGCCGACACCCGUUACGGCGAUGUCCACUACUAUACGUAUGACAAACCCCUGUGGAAUUGGCGUCAAUACCCCAGCGGUAAGUUUGCCUUGAUACCCGCCGACAACCUCCAGGAGCGCAUCACUCGGGAGUACUUGCGUGGGCUGAUGCAGUCGGCUAGUGAUGCCAACAUGAAUAUGAUGCGCGUCUGGGGCGGCGGUGUCUACGAGUCGGACUACUUGUACGAGUUGGCCGACGAGUUCGGACAUGAUGUUCGCCUGAGUCUAUACCCCACCGAUCCGGCCUUCUUGGCCACCGUUGACCAGGAGGUGACCCAACAGCUGUGCCGACUGCAACACCACCCGUCUAUCGCCAUAUGGGCCGGUAACAACGAGAACGAGGGUUAUGUGCGUUCGGGUCCCAAGAAUGAGACGGCCAUACAUAAAGCCGAUUACAUCGAGCUCUACAUCACUCACAUCCGGCGCCUGAUUCUGGACCACGACAUGAGCCGCACGUUUGUGGGCUCGAGUCCGUCGAAUGGCGAUGAAGAGGUUCAGGAGGAUUGGGUGUCCGGCCAUUUGGCCGACACCCGUUACGGCGAUGUCCACUACUAUACGUAUGACAAACCCCUAUGGAAUUGGCGCCAAUACCCCAGCGGUAAGUUUGCCUCCGAAUACGGCUACAUAUCCUACCCGUCCGUCGAGACACUGUUGACCGUAUUGAACGAGACUGACCUGACGUUCCCGAUCGGGGCGGCGCUGGAGCACAGGCAGCACCACCCCGGAGGUACCAAAUCCAUCGAGAAGGCGAUUGCCACUUAUUUCAAACUACCCUCGAAGGGCGGUGUCGAUCGGUUCGCCGAUUUGGUGUACUUAUCACAAGUAAUACAAGCGAUGGCUAUGAAAGUGGAGACAGAGUUUUACCGCCGCAACCGAGCGAUAGACCCGAAGACGGUAAUACAAGCGAUGGCUAUGAAAGUGGAGACAGAGUUUUAUCGCCGCAACCGAGCGAUAGACCCGAAGACGGGUAACGGGAACACAAUGGGUGCCCUGUAUUGGCAGUUGAAUGACAUCUGGCCGGGCACUACCUGGGCGUCCAUUGAAUACGGGGGCAAAUGGAAAAUAUUACAGUCGUAUGCGAAACAGUUCUUCCAAAACCAGUUGUUAACAGCAUAUGAAGACACCAAUGAGACACUCAAAGUAGACUUAGUUCGCGACGAUAUGGAGGGCGAGAAGGUAUACGACCUCUACGUCGGUGUCUAUAACUGGUCGUCGACUAAAGCCGUGUCCGAAAUGUACGCCAAAUGCAAAUCAGAGAAAGGCUUUUCUGUGGCCACUGUUUGGACGCAACACAUCCCAGACCUGCUCUCCAAAGCCAAGUGUGACGACCGGAGCGAAUGCGUGAUACGGGUGGAGGCGCCGCACUUCAAGGCGUCGAGUUUUCUACUGCUAACUGAGCCCAAAAACGCUCUCUACGUCGGUGUCUAUAACUGGUCGUCGACUAAAGCCGUGUCCGAAAUGUACGCCAAAUGCAAAUCAGAGAAAGGCUUUUCUGUGGCCACUGUUUGGACGCAACACAUCCCAGACCUGCUCUCCAGAGCCAAGUGUGACGACCGGAGCCAAUGCGUGAUACGGGUGGAGGCGCCGCACUUCAAGGCGUCGAGUUUUCUACUGCUAACGGAGCCCAAAAACGCCAAACUCGUUGCACCCAAUGUGAAGGUCGUGUCGGUGACCGCCACUGCCGUCAGUCACGUGUUUGACAUAACGCUGUCCACCGAAGCCGUGGCCCCAUUCGUGGCGCUCGACCUGAAGCUCGGAUCGGGAAUUUGCGGUCAUUUUGUGGACAACGGGUUCUUCAUGUUUGACGAGACAAAGACAGUGCAGUUUGUGGCCAAAGGAGAUGUCAAUGAGAAACAUAUUGCCGACAGUUUGACUGUUAAGACUGUUACAGACGUGGUC